UGUCGUUCACAAAUUUUGAUGGAUUGGUUGUCAGCGAUUUCAAAUACGCGACAUGUCAUCGGAUAAACAAACGAUUUCAAGAGCGCCGACCGAGCCGCCUCGCGCCGCGACGCCUGGUUCUGGGUGCGCUGAAGAGAGCAGUGUGAACCUGGCGGCGAACGCGUCAAAGGUGAUCACCGGCCAUGCGUCCUCUGCGUCGCGGAUGCAGUCAACGAAUCUCGUGACAAUCGGCUCAAUGGUCUGCCGAAUCUGUCAGACAAACUCCGGCCAAGAGCUCUUGAUCUCACCGUGCCACUGCAAGGGUUCGAUGGCGUACGUGCAUCUCUCGUGUUUGGAACGCUGGUUAAACCAAGCCAGUCGGUGCUAUUGCGAGCUGUGCAUGUAUCAGUUCAACGCCGUUCAGACCAAGCGCUAUGGUCUUUGCCAGGGACUAAAGAUGUGGAUGAGACAUCCACGCAAUCGUGCACACAUUCAAUCGGACCUAUUGAUCGCACUUCUGCUGACGGCCAUAACCGUCGGCCUGGUCAUCGUGUGCCUGCUUGGUCUGCAGUACUUCGUUAUUGAAGCGCAGCGAAUUGGCGUAACGAAGCUGUGGACCGAGAUUAUCUUGUCUGUGUUCAUAUGCGUGGUGUUGCUCGGCUAUGUUGUAACGAUUUAUCUGCUCGUUCGGGACCAAGUUGUACCGUGGUACACGUGGUGGCGUCAGACCGUGGAUGUCAGAUUGUUGCUGACACCAUCGGUGGCAAAAGGCAUGCGUAGACAGCUUAGCAAAGAGACCGCGUUAUAAAUAAAUGAAUCACAGCAAGGCAAGGAACGCCUUAACUUUUUACUGAAUCUACUUUUAAAACUUUUUUAUUGGCCGAAAUGCCGAAGGACCACUUUGUCACUGUGACAAACAUUUGUUAUUUCCGCUAACCUUUUACAUAUCGUAUUGUAAGAAUUUUAACCAUGUACUUCUAAAAACAGCGAAAUAAAAAAGCGUUUUAUUCGGCAAAGAA